CUUUACAAAGGCGGCGUUGGACUGUUGGUGAGCUGCCGUGCGACGCCUGAUUGUACAACAUUUUUAUCCCGUUUGCUGAUGUUGUAUUUUACGAGCUUUAACGAUUCAGUGACCAAUUCAAGAACGUUUUUUAGAAGCACAGUUAGAAAGUGGCAUUCCUUUUAAUACACUCCUGGCCCAGACAUGUUUUGAUAUGUCUAAGCAUGCUGCUAGUGAUGACACCAUUCUGAAAAUAAUCCUUUAGUACAUCACUUCCGUAUUAUGGUUUGUAGAAACCACGCACUUACAGAGCGAGAUGGUAUUGGAUUUUGAUGUUAAGACAUUUUGUCAAAACUUAAAAGCCACAAAACCACCAUACAAAUGUCCCUUCGAUAGCUGUGGGAAGGUUUACAAGAGCUUCAGCGGCAUUCAUUUCCACUUGUUCAAUUUUUAUCACAAAGAUGACAAUGCUCCGUCACCGCCGGAUAGUCCAACUUCCAAAUCCCCUGACAGUUGCCGUAAAAAGCAGAAGUGGCAUCAUCGUGCCAAUCGACGAUCUCCCACUCCACCUGAAUUCUUCCGAUCACCCACCAGAGAAACAUUAACUUAUGCAGAUUCACAGAGACUGGUUGAAGUGGAUGUAGAUGGUCGUCUGCAUAGGAUAAAUAUUUAUGAACCACUUGAAAUUAUUUCCCAAGAUGAGAUUGACAACCAGAACAACAUCGAAAAGGAAGAAACCGCUGAGAAGCCAACACCAAAGCCGGUUAAAGCAGAAAGCACAAAAGUGAGAAAGGAAAACACUGGAGCUAGUCAUACCACUACCAAACUACCUGAGGCUCAAUAUAAGGUGAUAGAGGACUAUCAGGAGCCACAAGAACUUCCAGAGAGGCCAGCUUCAUAUUACAGAUACUUUGAGAAAUCUGUUGAUGAGUUGGACGAGGAAGUAGAAUAUGAUAUGGAUGAAGAGGACCAUGCAUGGCUGGGGCUGUUAAAUGAGCAGAGAAAGUCAAGUAGUCUUCAUUCGAUAUCACAAGAAGUAUUUGAAAUUGUGAUGGAUCGCUUUGAGAAAGAGGCAUUUUUUCAAAGUCAAACUUCUGGUAAAGAUCCUAACCCAUCCAUUGAUGAAGAUGCUGUAUGCUCUAUAUGUAUGGACGGUGAGUGCCAGAAUAGUAAUGUAAUCUUGUUCUGUGACAUGUGUAAUUUAGCAGUGCAUCAAGAGUGUUAUGGUGUGCCAUAUAUCCCUGAAGGCCAGUGGCUAUGUAGACGUUGCCUGCAGUCUCCAUCUAGAGCAGUAGACUGUUGCUUAUGCCCUAACAAAGGUGGUGCAUUUAAGCAGACUGAUGACAAUCGCUGGGCCCAUGUAGUAUGCUCCUUAUGGAUUCCUGAAGUUGGAUUCGCUAAUACUGUCUUUCUGGAACCAGUUGACAGCAUAGAACAUAUACCUGCAGCACGGUGGAAACUGACAUGUUACAUCUGUAAACAGCGUGGGACAGGUGCUUGCAUUCAGUGUCACAAGACAAACUGUUACACUGCUUUUCAUGUAACUUGUGCCCAGCAAGCUGGACUCUUCAUGAAAAUUGAGCCAGUCCGUGAGCCAAGUGCCACAGGCACUGCUCUGAGUGUCAGAAAAACAGCCUACUGUGAUGUCCACACCCCAGCAGAUUCUGAGUGUACCCCAAUGCUGACAUCUGAUGAAAAUGAAGACAAAACCCUGUCAGCCAAGAAAGCCAAAGCCAAAUCACGCAUUAAGAUGAGGAAAGCUAGGAAGAUCUUGGCGGAGAAGCGGAAUGCCUUGCCAGUUGUUUCAAUCCCUAUCAUUCCUGAGCAAAGGAUAUCAAAGAUUGCAGCUCUUGUUAAUAUUCCUAAGAAGCACCAGUUUUUAUCCCGCUUACUGAGUUACUGGACAUUAAAGAGACAGUCUCGGAAUGGUGUUCCUCUUCUGCGAAGACUUCAGAGUAACCACAUGACAAGGAAUAAGGAACAGACCAAGAAUGACAAGCAGAGUGAUGCACUAAGAGCUCAGCUUAAGUACUGGCAGAGACUCCGUCAGGAUUUGGAGAAAGCACGCUUGUUAGUCGAGCAGAUUCGAAAACGUGAGAAAUUAAAGCGAGAACAGCUCAAGUUGCACCAGUUGGCCAAAGAAAUGCAGUUACAGCCUUUUGUGAUCUUGCUGAGAGAUGCCUUGGACCAAAUUCAGGAAAGGGACCCUAAUGGAAUAUUUGCCGAGCCCGUGUCAUUAGAAGAGGUCCCUGACUACUUAGAAUAUAUUGAAACCCCUAUGGAUUUUACAACCAUGAGAAAGCGUGUUGAGGGCCACCAGUACAAAACGAUUGAAGAUUUUGAGGUUGACUUUGAUCUUCUUGUUAAUAACUGCAUGGUGUACAAUGCGAAGGAUACCAUGUUUUACAGAGCAGCAGUUCGUUUGAGAGAACAGGGUGGUGCAAUAAUUCGUGCAACACGGCGCAUGGCAGAGCGUGUGGGAUAUGAUCCUGACACUGGUCUUCAUCUGACUGAGCCUCCACAAAACUGUCGCAAUGAUCCUGUCAUCUUAGAAGACUUUGAUAGUUUCAUACAGAAGGACUUGAAGGAAGGGAUGCCAUUGGAAGAGCAGUUAAGAAUACUUUUAGACAAAAUGGACACUGCCAACAUGGUUUUAAAAGGAGGGAAAAGAUCACGGGUUGCCAAAACAAUAAAAAAGGAGAUAAUAAAAGUGCGGCGGAAGUUGGCCCUUCAAAAAGGGCAUUCUCUCAGUGACAUUGAGGAAAACUGCGGCAUGGACACAGGCUCUACAAAUUCUGACAGUCAGCCACAGAGUCCAUCCAAGCCUGGAGGACCAACAUCACCCAAAUCGCCACCCCCAGUGCUUCAGUUAGCAGUUGAGAAGUCUUCCCAAAAGUCUGGCACAAAGGGGACACCUGGACGGCCACGUGGGCGUGGCAGAGGGCGACUAAAGUCACGAAGUGAGUCCGAGAGUGAGGGUCAACACAAACCUGAUGCUGGACGUGGAGUAGCAUCUUCCAGUCAAACAUCCGAUGGCAAAGACUCAAGCACCCCUCCUGUUGGAGUGAAUCGAAGGACAGCUGUUUUGUUUAGCAAUAAAGGGCCGAGGAAAUCUCAACCCUCCACCACCAACACGCCAGCAAGGCGUGGACCAGGAAGACCUCCUGGGCGACCUCCUAAGGCCAAGGUACCUCUCCCAGAACUGCAGCAGGACAGUGACUCUGCCCAACCCACCAGCCCUCUCCCCUCACCCUCAAGACGAGGCACAGGGGCCAGUGGUAUGGUAGGGAGGAAAAGAUCUGCUAGUGCUACUACUGGUCCAAGCUCGCCUGAAUCCAGACAUUCCCCACCUAAACGAACCCUCUCCUUGAACGACCCGUUGUCUGGACCACGGUCUCCGCGCUCACCGAGGUCUCCACCAACAGGACAACCAUCACUACCCAGCUUUCUCAUCUACAGAACGGAUAGGAGUGUAGAUUCUUCGGAUUCGGACAGCACCUCUGAUCUUAGCAGCAGUGAUGGCUCUCUGUCGGACAGCUCCAGUGGCAGCUCCAGUAUCAACAGUAGAUCAGGUUUCUUCUCCCCGCAUGCUGAAGGAAGAUAUUCCGAAGGCUCUAGUCCAACCAUAGGAUCUGCUUUAUUAACUCGCAAAGCGGCAGUGAGCCACACUAAUACACAGGCACAACAACUGAAUGACCCUGCCUCUGCAAAUACUCGUUCUGCUGGCCUGAAGCCUGCUAGCCCCUGUUGUGAUAGCCAGUCUUCUAGCAUGUCUGUACUGUCUAGAGUAUCGACUGGGGGAAGCCAUGAGCAGUGGGAGAGGUGCGAUAGCCAGACCCUAGGACCACCCAACUCUAUUGAUACUGCAGACAAGAUUAGAAAAGGCCGGCCUGAAAGCAUCCUUAUGGAUGGUAUUAAACGGAUGCACUCCUGGCCAAAGGUGGAAGCAGUGGAUGGAGGCACAAACAAAGGGGCUAAAACAACAGGGCAGGUGGCUAUCUGUGGAAUGGGUGCUGUUCUGGUGCAACCACAUCCAGAAGCCAUUACUGGAGAAUCAAGUAUAGAGAUACUGAAGGCUGGACAGAUACACAGUGGCCACUCCUUGAGACCUGGGGCUACGAGAUCCCCAGUUUUCACCCCAGUUACCAGGGAUUCUGGCUCCCCUAGUACUGCCUGGAGACCAUCUGUGGGAAUAUCAGAGAGUCCAGAGAGGAGUCCUGGGAGCAUGCACCAAACCGUUUCAGAGGCACAGAGGAAAAGGAAUAAGGCUUUGAAAUACAAGUCUCCAAGUUCUAGCCACAAAUUCUGUCCUGCCACAAGGCAAUACCCAACCCGCUCAAAUUGCCCUGUUAAAAUUACAUCUCUAAAGCCAGUUGAAAACACAUCAAAUAUAGUUUUGGACAAUGAUUGUUGUAACAUGCAAGAAAGAAACAGAUCUGUAGGGAGAAAUCUCAGAAGUAAGGUAUCAGAAACUAUCCACAAACCUGAAACAAACUUUUCGUCUAAAGGUGUGUUUCCCUUUGUUAGCAAACUUGCUGAUUUACCUUCGGAGAGAAACUUAAGAGACAAAAGCCAAGGGAUAGUGACAGACUUGUUCAGCGAUGUUAUUACUGAUGAACUAAGAAAGGAAGUUCGUAGGAGGCCAAUUUUGGAAAGGAAGACUCUGUAUAAACUUAAGCCCACUCUUAGUAAACAUAUGCCAGUAGAAGCAGCUUGGCGGUGGCCAGUAUGCAACAAAAACCUGGGCUCACUUGGUAAAAUAUCCCAGAAAGCUUCAAUUAGCAGCAAUGAACAGUGGAAGGGAAAUAACCUGAAAUGGAGGAAGUACAAGGGAGGCAACUCCUGCAGGGACAAUAGAGAGCAGCAGAGUGACAAAUUUUCAGGAUCAGCACGUGCCCGGAGAAGUACCAGCUGUGAUUCCGAAGACAUCAUUCCAUUAGAACCACUGGAUUUGGUCUGGGCCAAAUGUCGUGGAUAUCCAUGGUAUCCAGCCCUGAUCAUCAAUCCUAAAAUGCCCAAGACUGGUUAUUUCCACAAUGGUGUUCCUAUACCUGUACCACCUGAUGAAGUUCUGAAUCUCCAAAGGCGUUACGACGAGCCCGUUUACCUGGUUCUCUUCUUUGAUACAAAAAGAACAUGGUACGUGGAUAUGCAGUGGUUACCAAGAAACAAGCUGGAGCCAUUGGGUGUCGAUUCUGGACUUGACAAGGCUAAGCUUCUAGAAAACAGGAAGCCAAAUGUGCGAAAAGCUGUCCGAAAGGCAUAUGAGAAAGCCAUUCUGCACAGAUGUAGCGUGACUGGCGAACCGAAUCCAUUGUCCGGCGAGUCUAGCACUGAAGACUGAUCAGUGAUCUUGCCAUAAUCUAAGAGUGCACGUACCAUAUGGUGGCUGACUCUAACUGAAGACAUAAUGAAUUGCAGAGUAUGUGUGAUACAUUUAGAGUGUAAUGCAAUUGUGUCAGAUGGCUUGAAACCAGGAUUUAAUUGUUUCUGUUUUGCAAUUUAUACUUCCUGGCAUAGAAGUGGUGUUAUGACCUGUAUGUUCAAAUAGGCCGUGAUCUAUUUGAAUUCAGUUUCACAAAGACAAAAGGUAUUUUACCAGUACAUUUUGUGAAUCUCACCAUAUACCUCAACAGUAUUGUCUGAAACUGAAUCUGUAUUUAAUUACUUCCAGGCUGGUGUGACUGUCCCAACGGUAUGUCAUGAAUUAUCUACAUUGUACUAUGAAUAUAUCAAUGUCUGAACUCAGGCAUAAUGACUGGCAGAUGCUUGUGAUUGAAUGAGUGAACUUUGGGUACCAGUGUUUUAAUGAGUUGGACAACAAUUACGUUGGUGUUACAGUAAUGUCAUGCACAAAAUAUAUGUAUUUACAACAUGUACAAUGUAUGUUCAAGCCCAUGAUUGUAUGCUGAAAGUGGUAAAGGAUUUUGAGAAGUGCAGCCUGGAAGCGGCAAAGUCCCAAGCUUAUUGUAA